UCUGCUUUAGUACAAGCCAGAGGCACUAGGCUUAAUAAGUUGGUAGUUCGAGUCGUGGUCAGACGUUAGUAUUGAAACUUCUGAUUCCAGUAGGCUAUUUUCCUGACUGUACUUUAUGCUUCGUGUCAGCCGAAAAGUCUUCGAUAUUCAUCAGUAAUAUUGCUUAUCAAUAAUCGCCUCUUCGUGUACAGGCUGCAAUUGCACACAGCUCAUACCACGUCACUUUUUCUAACUAACUGACUGGCCUCUCCGUUUGAUUUGUUCGGCGCUGAGCGAUCCUUAUAGUUCCCCUUUCCGUUCGUGAGCCGAGGGAGUAGAAAACAACCCCGUUUUAGCGAGAGAGAGCUUCGUCCAGGAUUGGUAACUCAUGCCGUCCUCGCCGCACCUCCCGCCAUUCCUGAUGCCUUCUCUGAGAGUCAGACGGCGCCAUCUGCCGCGCCAUGAGUGACCGUAACGCGCGCAGGAUCGAUCACCGACGUCGCAGCGGGUCCGCAUGGCUCGGGUGUAUCAGACGUGGAAGGGAAGCAAUAAGUUCUGCCUGUGGGGGCUGUGCGUGUUCGGCCCGGACGUGCGGUCCUUGCUGGUGUCCAUCUGCCUCAUCGCCAUCCCCGGCACGCUCUUCUGCGUCUUCGUGGCGUACCAGCUCAUCGACAAGAUGUGGGGCGGCAUCGCCGUGCUGCCCGCCGCCAUCUCGCUCAUCACUUGGGACCUGUACAUUCUGCUCUUCACGGCGUGCCGCGACCCCGGCAUUGUGCCGCGCAACCUGACUCCCCCGCAGGUCCCCGGCGGGGGGAAGAUCCCGCGCAGCCGCGAGGUGGUGGUGAAUGGCGCGGUGGUGAAGGUGAAGUACUGCGACUCGUGCCUGCUGUACCGCCCGCCGCGCUGCUCGCACUGCAGCAUCUGCAACAACUGCAUCGACCGCUUCGACCACCACUGCCCCUGGGUGGGCCAGUGCAUCGGCCGGCGCAACUACCGGUUCUUCUUCACGUUCGUGGUGUCGACCACGCUGCUCUGCAUCUUCGUGUUUGCCUUCUCCGCGUACCUCAUCAACCUGCUAAUGCUCAAUGCGCACGACCCUGCCGCUGGCACGCGCACGGUGUGGCAGGCCAUGGGGCACGCGCCCCUGGCCGUGGUGCUCAUGGCCUUUACGUUCCUCGCCGUGUGGUUCGUGGGGGGGCUCUCGGGCUUCCACAUCUACCUCAUGUGCCGGAAUCAGACCACGUACGAAAACUUCCGCUCGCGCUACGACAAGAAGCCCAACCCGUACACCCGCGGCUGCUACAACAAUGUCGGCGAAGCCCUCUGCUCCGAGAUCCCCCCCUCCCGAAACAACUUCCGAGCCAAGGCCGCCGAAGCUGAGUUCGCCAUCUCCGAGCCUCGCCUCACGGACCCCGACCCUCCGCCAGGCUCGUUGUCAGCCUCGGUGGACCCCAAGCGCACCCGAAGCUUGCUGCCAGGCUCGGAAGGGUCGAAAGGAUCCAAAGGCUCGAAGGGAUCGUCAAUCGGGGGGUGCUCGCCUGGUCAGCAGCAGGUGUACGAUGUCUCUGAGGAGAUGUCACUAAGGGGAGGGGGAGGAGGAGGGGUGGGAGAAGAGGAGGACGAUGAUGAGUUUGAGUACAUGGAAGAGGGGAGGCUGAUGGGGAGAGGAGGGAAGCAGUAUGACGAGAAAGGGAAGGGAAGACGGGAGGAGACGGACGAGGACGAGGAUGAGGACGACGAUGAGGGGGAUUAUGAUGAAUAUGACGACGAUGAUGAUGGGGGUGAUGAUGAUUACGAUGAUGAUGAUGAAGAUGUGCAGGUAGCAUUGCCGCUUCCACCUGGCAGGCAGCCAUUGGUUGUGCCGGGUGCAAGUGGGAGAGGAGGAGCAGGGGGGGCAGGGGGGGACAGGAGAGGAGGAGCGGGCUCGAGGAGUGGAGGGGCGUCGGGAAAGGGUUGGCAAAAAAGGGAUGCGUGGCAAAGUGAGGAUGAGAUGUGAGGCGGGUGAUAGUGGGCUCAGGGCUGUGGAGGGCGUGUGGGGAGUAUUGAGGGAAGGAUGUGAAGGGAAGGGUGGUGGCAUUAGUUUAUAAAGCAUGGAGGGGAGGGCAGUGACGGAUGACAGCUCGCUACAUCACCCAUCGUGAUGCUCUAGUUGCGGCACUAACCCCAGCUAACUUGCAGGCACAGUUCUGCCUGGCCUUGCUCGACAUAACAGCGACUACAACACCUCCAUGUUCUCUAUGGUGGAGGUAUUUGGAAGAUUGUUUAUUUAUUGAAACCCCAGGUGCAAUCUAACAAUUGAAUCUCUUGCAGGCCAUAUUGAUUAGUU